AUGGGAAACUUGAACACGGUCACCGCUUCAACAGCAAACAACUUAAAAGAUGUCUCACCGCACAUUGAUUGGGAAAUAGCUAUUGAAGUCAGCUCCGGGGAACUCUAUCCAAACCUAGUCAUCGUCGCCGGGACCCUUCAGCUGGACGACGUGCAAAUUAUUUAUAACGUUCACAAAAUCAUUUUGCACGAAUAUUUUGUCUACGAUUUGUUUGGGGUUAAAAUCCCAGACAACGAUAUUGCUCUCGCUCUGGUGAGAGAACCAUUUAUUUUCAAUAACCUGGUGUCACCAAUCUGCCUACCGGAUGACCGACACUUUGACAUGGACACUGUGGGAAAUUGCUGGGUUACUGGAUGGCAAUUGAAAAGUGCAGCUCGAGGUCCCAUGCCUCCAAUUUACCACAUGGUAAAGCAGAAUGUAGGGCAUCAGACGCUUGCAACUUGCAGGAAAUUCUACCCUGAAAACUUGAGGAAAAACGUGAUUUGCGUGAUGAAUUGGGAUAAGAAACAGUCUCUCUGCUUGGAAAUUGAUCCCAAUGAGGCAGAAAAUGAAGGGUUCUUCGACAUGGUGAGUCAUGCUCAGAGUAACCGAAUGGAUGACCAGCGAUGCAAUCUUGGACGAAAUGAGACACCUUCUAAAAAAUCAAUUAUUGACAUAAACAAGUCUAACUGUGAGCGCCCAAUCAAUGAACUCCUGGACCUGCUCGCUGACAAACAGGGCCAGCGUUUAGAUGAUCAACGUGUGACCUGUGACAACUUACCCGGUCUCCAGAUGUCCGAGUGCUAUACACGGUCCACUGAUAAAGACAUUGAAGCUGAAUGAGCAAGUCAGGGUUGGAUUCCAGUUGAACCUGACGAAAUUGCAGUUGACCUGACUAAUCGAGAGUGUGUGAGAAACUGCCAGAGGAAAAGCAAAUGGACCAUAAUACUGAAUCAUUUCCCUUAAAUAUUAAUUUUUGUGAACACUCCUUGUUUGAGGCAAACCUUUUUUGCUCUCUGUUGUGGUUUUGUGACCCAGCUAAACUGAGGCAGACAUUUGACUGUAUUGGCCUGGUCUUCCCUCUUGUUAAACUGCACCACCCUGAUACGUUCAAACCUCUUUAAGAAUUGUUUCAAAUAUGCUUAGAAC